GAUCUCCGUGUCGCGCAAUUACGGGUUAUAUUCCGUCUGCCCCCACAAGCCACAGACCUCUUUCCUGAUGUGCCCAGCUCUAACGUCCCGAAGCACCUCGCCUAUGUGGAAUGGUUCACGCCCUUCGCUGCCGCCGGACCCGACCCCAACCAUGGCCUUUACAAGGUCUCGCGAUCACUUCGAAACGGAGCAAGGCUUGCCGACGUCAUUCCUAUCACCCAGAUCGAACGCAGUUGCCAGCUCCUUCCAUGCUUCGGCCCCAUUGCACCGCGGGAAUGGACGUCGAGCAACGUCCUGGAGUCAUGCACCUCCUUCUACGUAAACUCAUUCCUUGACAAGCAUACCUACAAGAUCCUAUAUUAG